GCGAUGUAAUGGGUGCAUGAAGCAGUGCUUAGUAGAAAGGAUCGCGUGUGCAGAGCCAAAAUCUCAAAAUAUGGAAAAAGCAGGGUUUUAUCUGUUGCCUUUGCUUUUGGAGGCUCGCUCUGAUCAUUUUUAUGAAGGAACUGAGUAUAUCAGAUACUUAUCACAGCGCAUUCAUUCCCUGCGGAAAGCUUUAAGCAUUACUCAAAAAGGUGGAAAGCCAAAGACAUCAGCUGACAAAAGAUUCGCAGAAAUCCAACUGUUGAAUGCUGAUCGCGCAUUCCAGCAAUAUUCGUACUUGAGAUCUUCUCAGCGUCAACAUGCUCUUCGAAGAUUGAAACGGGGGCUGCAAGCCUCCAAGGAAUUGGUCUCUUUUUGUGAAUCAAAAGACCAUAGCAAUCACUUGUUUAUUCUAGAGGCUGCUGCUUUCAUGAAAUAUAUUGAAGGUACAUAUUUUUACGAAAAGCGAUUAUGGGAAGAUUCUUUGCACUCAUUCAGUUCUUCUCGAUUAGCAUUUCAACAAUUGCAACGAUCUGUAAAAGAGUUGUCGGACCACCAACGAGGAGUCUUAAAUGAAUUAGUUGGGCAAAUUGACUCUACCAUACGCUAUGUCGCCCAGCGAAACGGCUUAGAAAACCAGACAGAAUCAUUAGACGUUCUCAUGCUUGCAAACGUUUCCAAUGAAGAUUUGGUAGUUCAACAAAUUCGUUUUUUGAACCCUCAAUUGUUAGAAUCGAAUGCUGAAGACCAAGCUGGCACUUCUUCCAUUACCCGAGUUACCUGGCGUGAUCAAACCGUUCAGAUAACACACCCUGAAAUGGUAUUGGCUCUGUACGGUAUUCACGACGUUCAAGCAAGCACUGACAGCUCCACUACUGUAGAUGAUCGUUUGCUUGGUGCUUGGGCCAAUGCCGAGAAGACAACGAAAAGCAUUUUGGAUGGUAUUUCUCCAGAAAGUAACGAAUAUCAAGAACUUUCAAUUUGCUAUAGUUAUCUUGCAUACAACCUCAUUGUCCUCAAAAUUCAACGGGACAUUCGUACCCAGGAACAGCCAAUUGUCACGAAUUCAUUGGCUAAUUUAAGAGCUCAACAAAGCUUAUAUGACACAAUUAUUAAGAAUAUUGAAGCUGCCAAGAAUUUACCCGGUAUCGCAAAGGAUAAUGGCAUGAUGGUACAACUGGAAGCUCAAAUCGCUGUAGCUAAAGCGAGACGUUGCCAGGUUAUUGCCGAGGCGUAUCAAUCACAAGAUAAAGCAAAAGGACUUGCUAUGUGUAUUCGUGCAGGCCAUUAUUAUGAGCAAGCUAACGAUUGUCUACAUAAUUUUGAGGAAACCCCUCUGGAAAUCGCUUUCGAUAUUGUUGCAGAGUUGCAAACAAAACCUGAAGAUUUGAAAAAGAGAAUUCUACUUUUGCGAAGCUUGGCUUCUAUGGAGAUGAUUAAUCAAAAGCCUAAGGAUUUAUCGCUGGUCGAGUCUAUGAAUCAGUACAAUACGGAGUUGGAGAAACCCUUAAACUUAACUCAAUUGAACUUACGACCCAUUCCUGCUAAACCACUUUUCUUUGAUUUAGCUAUUACAUACUUGGGACAACAAACAGAAUUUGAAAAAACCAAAUUAAAGGUCGAAGAACAGGAUUCUUCAUCUGAGAGCAAGACGAAAGGUUUUUUCCGAAGCUUACUUGGAAGAAGAUAAUAGACCAAUUACUAAAUUAUGUAACCUAUAAAUAAAGAGAGUAUAUACCAGCAUAGAAAGUAAAAAAACGAAAGAAGAUAGAAGACACAAAAAGUUUCAC